AUGUCCCCUGCUGAGAAGGCGGGGCCUGAAGCCUCAUCCAUGACCCCUCCUGCGAAGACGGAGCCUGGGGCCUCAUUGGAGCCAUCACAGGUGAAGAUGGAGGCUGAGGCUUCGUCCAUAAUCUCUCCUGCAAAGGCGGAGUCUGAGGUCUCAUUGGAGCCAUCCCAGUUGAAGACGAAGGCUGAGGGCUCACCGGUGGCCUCUCCCACAAAGACGGAGCCCACGGUCUUACUUGAGUCGCCCCAUGCCAAUUUGGAGCCUGAAGCCUGGUUCCCACCUUCCCAAAUUCAACCUGGACCUACAGUUUCAUUCGAGGCCCCGGAAAUGAUGCAACUUGAUGGGAAGUGUGAAGAUUCGGAUGAUGCAAUGUCCAUUUAUGCCUCUUCUAUCGCUGCCUCCUCCAUUGGCGAAUCCUCUGGGGAUGAGUCCUUUGCUGUGAUCAGCGCGAAGAAGAAAAGCGGCCGCCCAUACCGCAGUACCGAUGAUUACGGUCAGGACCGCCCGGAGGGCCCUACAAUAUAUCAUGUCUCAAUAAUGGUUGUGGCUAGCAAACUAGCCACUGUGCGGGUCAGUUCGGCUGAGGGCCGAUCGAAACUUAUCCCCUAUCAUCUCACAUACUUCAGCAUGAAAGCCAUUCCCAUCACUGUGUUCACCGGUUUUCUUGGCUCAGGCAAGACUACAACUAUAUUGUCCUUAUUGCCCCAAUUGCCCAAGGAUUAUAAAGUGGUUCUACUCAAAAAUGAAUUUGGGGACGUAGAAGUUGAUUCUCAACUAGCUAAACAAUCAUCCCUUACGGCUGUGUUGUAUUCUGGUUGGCCAAAUGAAGACAGCACUGAUCGAGAUCCAAGGUCUGUGGUUCCUAUGAGGAUGAAAGAAGCACUAAAGGGGAGCUUCAGAUUCCAAAGAUCCGCUUUUCCAGCCACUCUGGCCUUCCAAAUUCGAGAACUGGAAAAGGAGACAGGAGGCGCCUUAAAAUUAGACGCAAUUGUGACUGUAAUUGAUGCAGAGAACUUUACCGGGUAUGAGGAUACUUCAACGACCGCCAAAAUGCAGGCAGCGUACACGGAUGUUUUGCUCAUCAAUAAAUGGGAAAACGUAUCGGAAAGACAACUGGAUAUCGUAAUGGAUCAUUUGUUCACGCUGAAUGAAGAUACUCCAAAGAUCAAAUGCAGAGGUCGAGCUGGUGUGGACCCGUCCCUUAUAUUCGGAAUCGACUCCAAGCUAUUUACAAGCAAAGAUGAUGCCGGAGAAAAGAUUGAUAACCAUCAUGACGAGAUUGAGACUGUAACGCUCUGGAAAGGUGAUCCAUCUCAGGCAGAACACCUACAUCGACACGACGAACACUGCAAACAUUCCCACAAUCCUUCCGAGGCAAAUAGAAUUGUAUCCGAAGGACUAAUGGACCGUUCUACUUUGACCGCGGCCUUGGCUUCACUCAAGAAGGACACCAUUUAUCGAGUCAAGGGGUUCAUCAGGAUGCAGGAAGGCAACGAAGCCCCUACAAUACAUAUUCUCAACUGGGCUUUUGAAAGGUUUGACCUGAGUCCUGUACACACAGUGGGAGACAAACCGGUACUGGCUGAAGGUAUUGACAUUCAAUUUACCGUGAUGGGUGAGAGGGGAGAAGUUCGACGGAAAGUUCAAUCGCUCGCAGAAAAACUCGGAGCUAAUGUAAAUUAA